AUGUCCGAAUCGUACGGCGACGAUCCGCCGGUGCGCUUUCUGAAAUCGUACUCCAUGUUUUGUGGUUGGAAUAAUUCGUGCCUAAAAACGCCGGCAAACCAAAACAGUGAAGUAUCCCAGCUGCCGAUUCCAGCUGAUUUGAGUAUUGUUGAUUUAGAUAUUCCUUUCAGCUUAAUUUUCACAGUUGGGGCUACCGUGAAUUGCUACUCUAAUCUUGCAGUUUUAGCUGUUAUCACGUGGCAAGUUUUGUUCAUUUCGUUACCGAUUAUCUAUCUCGCUAUACGCUUGCAGGAUUUCGAUUGGAAAUAG